GGUCUCCUCUCCGAGAAACGGCGCAGGCUGCACAUGCGCGGUAGCUGCGGUUCUCGCUGGUUAGAAAGGAAAGAAUUUUACUUUCUGAGUGAGCCCAGGGGGGUAGAGCUGAUCUGGCUGAGAAUUGGAAGGACAGGCGGACAAGCAUCACUUUCCAGAGAAGAUGACUUUUAAGAGUUUUGAAGAUUCUAAAACUUGUGUGCCUCCAGACAUCAAUAAGGAUGAAGAUUUUGUAGAGGAAAAGAAUAGAUUAAAAACGUUUGCUAAUUUUCCAAGUAGUAGCCCUGUUUCAGCAUCAACAUUGGCCCGAGCAGGUUUCCUCUAUACUGGUGAAGGAGAUACCGUACAGUGCUUUAGCUGUCAUGCAGCUGUAGAUAGAUGGCAGUUCGGAGACUCAGCAGUUGGAAGACAUAGGAAAGUAUCCCCAAACUGCAGAUUCAUUAAUGGUUUUUAUUUUGAAAAACAUGCUACACAGUUUCCAAGUCCCAUUAUCCAAAACUGUCAGUACAGAGUUGAAAAUUGUUCAAGGAAUAUAAAUCAUUUUGCUUUGGAGAAAUCCCCUGACACUUACGGGGAGUAUCUUUUGAGAAGAGGGCAGGUCGUCGAUAUGUCAGAUACCAUAUACCCAAGGAAUCCUUCCAUGUGCAGUGAAGAAGCUAGACUAAGAUCUUUUCAGAAUUGGCCAGACUAUGCUCACCUUACCCCAGAGGAGUUAGCAAGUGCUGGACUCUAUUACAUGGGCAUUGAGGAUCAAGUGCAGUGCUUUUGUUGUGGGGGCAAAUUAAAGAAUUGGGAACCAUGUGAUCGGGCAAUGUCCGAACACAAGAGGCAUUUCCCUAAGUGUUUUUUUGUUUUGGGACGGGAUGUUGGUAAUACUCGAAUUGAAACUGAUCUUAGUUGUGAUAGGAGUUAUCCAAACCCUACCCAUCUCCCAAGGAAUCCAGCCAUGGCAGAGUAUGAAGCAAGACUCACUACCUUUGCAACAUGGAUAUAUUCGAUUAACAAGGAACAGCUUGCAAAAGCUGGAUUUUAUGCUUUAGGUGACCGUGAUAAAGUAACAUGCUUUCAUUGUGGAGGUGGACUUACUGAUUGGAAACCCAACGAAGACCCUUGGGAGCAACAUGCUAAGUGGUAUCCCGGAUGUAAGUAUCUUUUAGAAGAGAAGGGCCAGGAAUAUGUCAACAGUAUUCAUUUAGUGCAUCCACUUGACAAUUCUGUGGCAGAAUCUGCCAAAAAGUCUUCAUCAGUAACUAAAGAAAUUGAUGAUAUCGUGUUACAGAAUCCUUUGGUACAAGAUGCAAUACGAAUGGGUUUCAGUUUUCAUGAGAUUAAGAAAAUUAUGGGAGAAAAGAUAAAAUCAUCUGGAAACAACUAUAAAUCACUUGAGGUUCUAGUAGCAGAUCUAGUGAGUACUCAGAAAGAAAGUACACAAGAGGGAGAAUCCAGUCCAACUUCAUCACAGAAAGAGAUUAGUACUGAGGAACAGCUCAGACGUUUGCAAGAGGAAAAGUUGUGUAAGAUCUGCAUGGAUGAGCAUAUCGCUGUCGUUUUCAUCCCUUGCGGACAUCUGGUUACUUGUCAACUGUGUGCUGAAGCAAUUGACAAAUGUCCGAUGUGUUACACUGUCAUUACUUUCAAGCAAAAAAUUUUUAUGUCGUGAUUGGAGCUCUGUAGUUGGAUUAGUCUAGCCGUCAUCCUAUUGGCUUGACUAUGCAAUAUGAAGCCACCGGAGUGGCUUUUGUUGAUAUCUGAAGGAAGAAAUAAUUCCUACAAUGGUAACUUUUCCUAAAAACUGAACAGGUUCAUUCCUCCAAAUGUCUUUGAAACCUUGGUGUAGUAUCUUUGUUUUCUUUUUUCUACUUUGUUUUCUUAUUUCACAGUAAGCAGUAGAGUAAGAAGCUAUCCCCAAACUGACCAAAGUGUCUGCUUCUAGGUCUGCUGCUUUCUGUUGACUUGACUGUGAUAUGAAGCCGUUUGAGUGGCUUUUGAUGAUUUCUGAAGGAAGAAAUAAUGCAGACAAUGAUAAGUUUUCCUAAAAACUGAACAGGUUUAUCCCUUGAAAUGUCUUUGAAUCCUUAGCAUAGCGUCUUUAUCAUUUGUCUUCUAUUUCACAGUAAUCAGUAGACUAGAAAGCUAUCCCCAUACUGACCAAAGUGUCUGUUCUAGGUGUACUGAAUUAGUGUCAGCGUAAGGGGCUUAAUCAGCUGGGAAUUAUUAUCUUAGAAAAGACUUGGUAAACACCUCUGAGUCACUAUAGAGAUGGUGAUUAACCUGACCAGUCAGAUUCUUUGUUAAUAAAGGAAGGAACUAUCCAGGCAGUCAUGAAAUAAGUCCAAUUUGUAGAUAAUUUAUAUGGGUUUUUCUUUCAAGUAAUAAUGAAGAUUAAAACAGAAGUACCAAAGACCAAACAUAUAUGAGAAUGGUGAAGAAAAACAAUUCCUUUUGCUAUUUAAGUAAUUAUUUAUGACUUAAAGGCUUAAUUGUGUUCAAACCCCUACAAAUAUUAGUUGUCACUCAGCAUUGGUUUUCCUAAUUCUCCCAAGAAUGAAAAGCUUUUCCUUUUAGAUUAGUAUUAAAAAGCUUUAAGCAUCUUUUAGCACAUAGUGGGAAAAAAAAAGAGAAAUUUCCCCCAGUCUCUUGUUUCCAAGUCAAAUAUUUCUGAUUUCCUGAAGUUGAGGAUGGAAAAGACUCCUCAUUCAUAAGUAAGACACUGAACACUUUUCUCAUUUAAGCCUGCCUGAGUUAUUCUCCAGAACUUUCAGAAGAUUUUUAUUAACCUGGUGUAAAACCUGGCAGCCAAGGUAAGGAAAAGUAGAAUAAUGUUUGUUCUCUGAUUGCCUGCCAGCCUCAGUGGGGAAUGGUCUCUUUCUCCUUUGAUCUCCCAAGGCACCUCACUGUAAACUUUCACGCUCUGCCCUUGUAUUUAUAUUUAUUUGUGAACUUGUCUUCAUUUCCCAGCUGGACUCUGUGUUCCAUGAAGGCCGGGAAGACUUUGCAUCUUAUUCUUUAUAUCUCCUACAGAGCAUAGCAUGGGGCCCUGGGCAUACUAAGUGCUCAAUAAAUACUUGUUGUUUGGCAAAUAUGAUUAUAUUAUUGGCUUUUAGUGUAACUAUUUUAAUGUCCCCUGCCCUCUCUUUCUUCCUGUUGUGAGCACCCGUUAAGUGUGGUUCCAAUGGUGUUCAAAACUACCAGUCCCUUGGACCCUGAGGCAUGUAAUACUUGGUGGGGAGGGGAGCACUAGUUAUAAAAAUCAGAAGUACCGACAGGGACAUAACAAAACAAACAGAUUUUUAUGUAUUGGCAAGAUUGCAUAAAAGCACUCCUGAAUUAAGAAUACUUAGCUAUAAUAAUGGAGGUUGCCUAAUGCUCUAAGGAGUACCUCAGGGGCUUGCAUUAAGAGAGCCUCCUGGUGCAACACUUGACAUUGAGGCAUUUUACUGCAUAGAAGAGGUUCAAAAUACAACCAUUAAAGCUGUUAUUCAAAAUGUGUUUUGCAAGGGAAAGAUUAGUCAUGCCCUCCUCCAAACUUCAUCUGAUGUUGCUUUAAGUUAGCUUUGCACAGUAUUAGGUGAGAUUUUUCAAAUAAAUGGCUUCCUUCCCUGUUGUUCUUACUGCCUAAAUCCUGUCUUCCCCAAGUCUGCAUUGUCUUCGAUUUAAGCUGAGUUAUGUAUUUUGUUUACAUAUUACAUAUAUCUAAGUUUAUUAAUCCUUUUAAGGAGGAAUAAGUGUUAAGGUUCAUGUGUUUUUAAAUGAAAUUUAUUUUUUUAAGUGCUGGGGCCUAACACUUAGAGUUGAACUUAGUUAUUAGUAAAGGGCUAGAUUUUUUUGAAGGAGGGGAAAGCUUUUCCUCUUCUAAGAACCUAAGUUGAGUUAAACUGUGGGUUCUUUAGAAACCUAUAUGUUUAGAAGAAAGUAGGGGUUGUUUUUUUUUUUUUAGAAGCAGGCAAAGACUGUUAUCAUGAGUGGUGACAUUUAAAGCUAGUGUGGUGGCUAACGAGUUCUAUUUUAGGACUUGUUUAGAAAAUACUGUUGCUUUGGGUUCUUCAAGUCACUCCAGCUUCCAGUCCUAUUAUUUUGGCCAUUUGUGAUAGGGGAGGGAGGGUAGUUUAGAGAAGAGAGUGGUAGAUUUGGAGCUAGGAGGCCUAGGUUUAAGGCCUGGCUCCAAUACUUUGUACCUCUGGGCUAAUCACACCAACUCUCAAAGCCUCAGUGUCUACAACUGUAAAAUGGAGAUGAUAACAUUUUACACUAAACACCUCACAGGGUUGUGGUAGGGAAAGCAUUCUGUAAACCAUAGACUACUACAACAAACUCACUGUAUUUCAAAGAUGUCAUUUCAUCAGUGAGAAUACCUUAUCUACCAAUGCCAGUCAUAAGUUCUCUACAACUUAGAGCUGCUUGAGCCUGAAAAUGAAUCCCUCUGUGGCCAGCCUAGUGUUAAGCUGCUCUGACCCUUGCUAGGCUAGUCCUUGGACAAGAGACCAAACAGUCCAUCAUCAGACCCAUCCUUGAAGCUUUCCCAGCUUGAUGUAAAUAAUUGUUGACAGUUGGUUGAUAAAACAUGGCCUAUAGUUUAUAACUUAGCAGUUCUUCACAUUAGUAUAGUAAUCUUAAAAUAGCAAUAUAUAAUUUCAAUGCUGUAUCUCAACUUUUGAGAAGUGGUUGUUAUAAUAGGACAAACAAGGGUAGGUUUAGCAUUCAUUUGUAGUUUGGAUGGUCUUUGUUAGCUUAUUAUUUUCAUAAAAAUGUAUCUGUUUGUUAGAGGAAAACUCUUAACAUUUCCUUAUUACCCUAGUACUUGAACAGAAUGGGGAAUAGUAUCCAUUAUGUAGCAUUUCUUUUGGAGAAAUGAGUAAGUGGGAUGGAUUGUCAGCCAGACAAUGACCCUCUUGGUCAAAUACACUACAAAGAUAGAUAUUAUCAGGCAGUCUAGAAGAAUGUCAUUCUCUUAUCCAACUGGGUUUAAGUAUUCCCUCAACUUUGAGACUGAGUUUCAUAGAUAUGCCUUCCCAGAUAUGAAGGUCAUAGGAUUAUAGAUUUAGAGAGGCAAGGAACCCUAGCAAGCUAUCAGGUCUAACCCUGGUACUGCACAGAUGAGGAGAUUGAAACAAAAGAGGUCAUGUGACCUGCCCAGGAUCAUACUGCUACUAAGUGAGAGGCAGGAUUUUAAGUAGGGUCCUCCUAAAUUCAACUCCCUAUGUCCUAUCCAGUGGUGCCACAUAUAUAAGGCUCCUAGUGAGCCACAUACUGACUUAGAAAAUUACAUAUUGACAUUAUAUUCUAUUUUAUUUUUAUUUAUUUUGUUAAAUAUUUCCCAGUUACAUAUUAUUUAGUUUAGGCUGAACUCAGGAGUGUUGUGGGCUGCAUUUCCACAUGUUUGACAUCUCUUGUCCUACAUCCUGGCUAUUAUUUCUCCCUUUUUUGGGAUUGUCCUGAAAGGAAGAGGGGCAGCCAUAGCAUGGUGAAUAGGGCUUUGACCUCAGAAUCAGUUAGACCUGGUUUCAGGUUCUGCUCCUGACACUAGCUGUGUGACCCGGACUAGGCAAGUCAUUUUAUCUCUCCAUGCCCCAGACUACUCAGAGACUAGAAGUUGCCGAGUAACUGCUCACCUGUGCUGGUGGACAAAAGGCCAGUCAUCCCAAAAUACCUGGAGCACCUAUCCUGUAGAAUUGUUGUGAGGUUCAAAUGAGUACCUUAAGUGUUUUUCAAACCUUAAAGUACUCUAGAAAUGUCAGUUGUUAUUAAAGCAGGAUCCUUCUACAACACCAUCUUAAAAUGGCCCCUGUAGAUAGGUCAAUGUCACUGCUCCAAGCAGACUUGUGCCUCAUUUUUAAGAGCUGUAUGAACUAGAAGGGCCCACUCUUCAGAAUAGUGCUAUUACAAUACUCUUACUAUCCUCCUGGAAGUGGGAGAAUCAAUUGGUUUUAAAGGUCAAUCAUCAGCAUUUAGAACUAGAAGGGACCUUAAAUGAGAUCUAGUCAAACUCCCUCAUUUUACAUUUAGGGAAACUGAGGCUCAGAGAGAUGAACCAACUUGGCCAAGACCACAUAGAUGGUAAAUAGCAGAGCCAGAAUUAUAUCCCUGGUCCUUUAAAUCGAAAUGUGAUACUCCCUACUAUACCAGUCCCUACCACCUUAGGUUUUUAUUCUUUGUGGUAGUGAUUUUUUACCUUGGAUUUCAAUAUUACUUCUUUGUGUAAGACCUAAAAUAUGAUAAUCAGGUUCGUUUUCAAACCUUAAUUUCUUUUAUUCAUCUUGGUUCUAAGUUUUUCUGAUUGCUAUAAUUGUCUAUUCAUCCAUCAGCUUUUAUAGCCAGUUUCAUUUUGACCUCUAUACACCUGGCCAUAUACCAUGCUCUAUACCAGUAAGGCUCAUGUUUUGAAGUCUUUUUUCAAGUAUGUAUAAAAUAAUGUGCUUUUUAAUUGUGCUGUUCUUAUUCUCUAUUUGUUAAAUAUCAUCGAACAUGAACAUUUCCAUAUACCCAGGAACAGAAAGAAUUGAGUGUGAAACCGAUCAGUCAAUAAUUAAAUCAGUCAACAAACAUUAAGUGCCUACUAUGUGCCAGGCAUAUAGAGCUAGAGAUACAAAAAGAGGCAAAAGACAAUCCUUGCCCUCAGGGAGCUUACAAUCUAACGAGGGAGACAAUGUGCAAAUAAAUAUAUACAAAGCAAGCUAUGUACAAGAUAAAUUAGAAAUAAUUAUAAAGAAUAUAAGUUAAGCAGUUAGUUUCAAAACUGUCCUUUUUGUGUCUUUUAGAACUCCUUUCUGUUGUCUUCUGUGCAUUUUUGAAAAAUGCUACGAUGACCCUCUUUUGCUUUUCUUGUUUGUUUUUGGCAUUGCUGUUGGUAGUCCUCAUCUCCUUCCCAAAUCCCUCCCAAAAUUGGGCCAUGGGAUGGGGAAGCCUUCCCUUAUAACAAAUAAUAAUAGUAAAGCAAAGUAUAUCCACACAUUAGCCAUCUCCAAACAUAUCUUAGUGUAUAUCUCAAUCUUUUCCAUAAGUCCCCCACCUCUCUGUAAGGCUGUAGAGUAGUAGGUGGUCACUACAUUGAUCGCAGUCCUUAAGUCUUUCAAAGUUAUGUCUCUUUGCAAUGUUGCAGUUAUUGUGUUUGUUCUAGUUCUGCUCACUUUGCAUCAGUUUAUAAGAGUCUUCUCAUUGUCUCUGAAUCCAUCCCUUUCAUCAUUGCAUAAGGCACAAGAAUUUAUCUUUAAAUGAAAACAUAAAAUAUAAUGCAUUCUUAUGUAUUGGUCAUUUUUCUUUAUGAUUGUAUAAAUGUACUCGCUAAUCUUGGUUUUCAUGAAUUUCAAGUCUUGAUUUGACAUAGCCAAGACUUUUACAUAAUUUCUUGUAUUUGCUAUUAACAGAAUGAUAUUAACCCAAUAGAUUUUUACUGAGUCUUAUUUUAGUUUUGUCUUUUUAAGUAAUCACAUUAAACAUUGUAAAAUAAAAUACUAUAUCGAUGUAUUUAACUAUUUUAAAGUUAUUUUAAAAUUUUUCUGUAUCAAUGGUAAGAUCUUACUAAUUUGAAAGAGUUCUUCCUAUUGUAUAGAAGCAAUAUUUGUAGAUCAAGAUAAUACAGUUUAUUUUUAGGUUUAUAAAACCUUCAAUAAUUAAAGUAUUGUAUUCUUUCAAAAAA